AUGGUUUUAAUCCAGCUAAAUAACAGAACACUCCAGAGGAUUAAUGAUUACAAUGCACAAGACAAAAUUACUUUAACGAUAAACAAUAUCGAAAUCGUAUUUAACAAAUCUUUUGCAAUCGCAAUUUCUCAAAAGAUAUAUUCUCAGUAUCUUUUAGAUAAAAACAUCGAUAAAAUUGAUGUAAAUUCUGAUGUUACUUCGAAUGAUACAUACAAUAUAUUAAAAGAUUUCCUUCAAUAUCGAAAUACUGAAAUUGAGGUUGAUAAAACAGUGCUGAAAGAUCUUCUUCAUGUUGGAUUGUCUCUAGAAAUCCAAGAGUUAAUAGAUUUAUAUAAAAUGAAUGUUAUUGAUAAAAUGAAAUUAGAUAUAACAAAUUGCAUUCAAUUUCUUGAAUUUUUUAUUAAAAUUUCUUGGAAUGAGAAGUUUAUUGAAAGCACAGAUUUUAUUGCAGAACAUUUCUACGAAAUCGAUCAAAACCAACUUAAAUUAGUUUCUAAAAAGCUUGGUGUUAAUAUUUUAAAGCAGAUACUCAACAACAAAAAACUCCAAAUCGCUGAUGAAGAUUCACUAGCUAAAUUCAUCAUAUCUCUUGCAAGAGAAGACAUUGUUUUCAGUUCAUUGUUUGAAAACAUUUAUUUUGAGUUUUGCAAAGAAGAAACAAUCAGAGAAAUGAAAGAUUUCGUUACAUCUGAUAACUAUCAGGAUGUUGUCAAUUCACUUGUUGACUCUAUCAUAAGAUCAAGAGAUCCUAAAAAUAAAGAUAGAUGUGGUGGAAAAGAAGUAACAAACUAUUUUGAGAGCGGCAAUGUAGUGAUGUCAGCUUCUUCCACUUCCAGUGAAUCAGCCGAAAUUAUUAAUAAAUAUAGGAAUGAUACCCAUUUCCAAACUCGUAAUGAACCAAAUUCAUGGGUUGAAUGGAAAUUAAAGCAAAACUAUUUAAUUCAGCCUACAAGUUAUAUUGUCAGAACGUCACACAAUGGUAAUUUUCGUUAUAAACUUCAAACAUGGAGAGUUGAGGGAUUAACUACUAAUGGGGAAACAAAAGUCAUUCAUGAAGUUUCUAAUUCACUACUAAAAAAAGGUGAAAUUCGCAAAUAUGAUAUUACAUCUAAUGAUAAAUUUGUGUCAUUCAAAUUAAUUCAAACAGGCAAAAACAGUUAUAAUAAUGAUUACUUACUUAUUGAUGUUUUUGAUUUCUCAGGCAAAGUAUUUGAAAUAUAA